AUGUCGUACCACACAGGUCGAACUUCUCCCACUGAAUUGAAAAGCUUGGAUGGUCGAUCUACAAUAUCAAUAACUGACAAACCGAGUCUAAGCCGUGCACUGCAGAACCUGCAGGUUGCUCCGCAGUCUAAGAGUGCGGGCGGGACAACCUAUUCGCCCAGAGCAGGCGGAAUCCGCAGUCCAGAGCCACUCGUAUCAUCGCCUUUGCGCAUUAGUUCGUCAGAUAUGGCAUCCGCCCCAAGUUCGCCAGAGAGGCACACCGCCGACCGCGAGGCUUUCCCUCGUAGAUCGUCCGACCAGGUUGUUGACACUGUCAGCUCAGCCGCAGGUCGCCUUACCAUUGACAAUGAUGCAGUCGCUUGUACUUCUCUAGAGCAGCCGCACGCCAAAAAGCGAUUUUUGCAGGCUCGAGACCGGUCCCAGAGCCGCAAGGAGACAGAGACUCAUCACGGGGGGUCUUCCCAGCGUGGAUCGUCUCUCGACUCCCGUUCUGCGUCUUCACCGGAGCGUGGUCGCCCCAGCUCCUCUGACAGUCAUUCCGUUCACGUUGAAACCUUGACGCCUGCUCCUGUUCCUUCGGGGAAGGGAAAGUCGCUCAACAUGCACGAUGCAUUCAACAAGUCAGACGAGGCAUUGGCUAAACCCCAUGGAAGCUUGCCUGAUUAUAUCAAACCGACGGCUGUGGAAGAGGGAGGGGAACGACUAGCCAAGGAUGUGUUCGAUCGCGACAAGAACUUGAUUGAAAGCAGUGAAGAUGAAGCCAACGAUACUUCGAGCGACGAAGACAGCACUCUGGAGGGUGUACGAGGCCGCAAGAAAAAGAAGGACUCGGAUAUCACCUCUAUAACGCCAAGCGACUUUGAGAAAUCCAAGGUUGACAAUUCCAAGCAGGCCGAAGAACAAAAAGCCCCCGAUGUUCCAAGUGGACGACAGGAGAAGAAACCGCGGAAAUCUGCUUUGAAAGCUGUCGUUCAUCCACAGACCAGUUUCGACAUCCCCACCCCGCGUGUUCAGUCAGUGGCUGGCACACCUUACGGCUCCGAGGAUGAAGCCGAGAUCGGUGACAUUCAUCGUGCCCAGAAGCUUAGCAUUUCCAUGUCAGCUAUUGAUAAUGGUGUUCACAACCGUUCCAUCCGAACAAUUGUCCGCGGGAAUUUUUCAAGCCCGCAGGAUCAAGGCGAUGGAAUCCGCCGUCGCCGUCGGAAAUAUUUAAUCGCAACUGACUUGAGUGAAGAGUCUGUCUAUGCCCUUGAAUGGACCAUCGGGACGGUUCUCAGAGAUGGAGACACGAUUUUCGCCAUCUACGCCAUGCACGAGGACUCCACUACUGCGUCAGGGGUGCAGGUCGGCGAGGGAGCCAAGGUGAUGAAAGAUGCAACGGCUGUCGUUGGCACCCAGACGAAAGAAGCCAACCAGAAUUAUGGGUCCCGUACGAUCCUCGGUCGACUUGGCCCUGGUACUGCCAGCAAGACACAUUCUGCUGAUUCCCGGGCAUCGUCAAUGGCUGAGGCGGAACGAGUGAGGGCAGUUGAAACUGUGUCUCAGACCUGUGUGAAGCUGCUGCGGAAAACGGUCUUGCAGGUCCGUAUUGCCGUGGAAGUGAUCCACUGCAAGAACCCGAAGUCGAUGAUCACUGAAGCUAUUGAUGAACUUGAGCCCACACUCGUUAUUGUGGGUGCCCGGGGUCAGAGCGCACUGAAAGGUGUCCUUCUCGGAUCGUUCUCCAACUAUCUUCUUUCUAGUUCCUCUGUGCCGGUAAUGGUUGCGCGCCGAAAGUUGAAGAGGCAUACGUGGAAAGACAAGCUCAAGGGCACUGCGAAUAGUGAAGCGCAGUGGUCUGCGAAAGGUAGUACCCGGGCUGCUCCUGACGCCGCGCUGCUUGGUGAUGUGUGUGUUCCGGGUACAGAAUCUGUGAAUAUGACUCCCAGUAGCAGAUCUAGUGACCCGCCUGCUAUUGGGGUCUUCACUGCGACCACCACUUCGCGGAUGAAAGAGCAGCCGUUCAACUUCUGCUAG